GAGCCAUCAGAAGCCCUCCAUGUUACGCAUCAGCUCGUCGUGCUCAACUGCUCUCACCUCUCUCUCUAUCAUCUCAAAUCACGGUCCCGUUCUCCGGUGAUACCGCCCUUCUACGGCGAUCUCGCUAAUUCCGUCAACUAAUGCGUAGAUCGGAAACCUAAUCCAUCGAAUUCCCACUUGCAUAUCACUCAUGGCAGAAAACAGCUCGGCUGUCGAAUCAUGGACUCACCGCCCGGCCUUCCUAGACUCACCGAGCUGGAUCUCGGGGGUCUUCGCCCGUGAAAACGAAGCCCUAACCAAAGCUCUCCAGAUCUCGCUCUCAGACGACUCCUCCGCCUCUGAAACCCUUUCAUAUCUCCCUCCGCUCCCCUCCUCGACCGCCAAGCCGGAUUCCUCUACGGCUUUUCGAGGAAAUAUCCCAAAUCGGAGCAUGAUUUCUAGAAAGAUCUCGAAGCGGAAGUCCAGGGCGUCGAAGCGAACUCCGACGACGUACAUCAACGCCGAUCCGGCAAAUUUCCGUCGGAUGGUUCAGGAGGUUACAGGUAUUAGGAUCGGGGAGGGUGGACUGCCGGUCGAGCCCGUGGUUUUACGUGAGCCGGAGUGGUCCGGUCUCGGGAGCUCGGUCUGUCAACCGCCAAGCUGCCUUACAACGCUGGACACAUCUGCUUUGCUACUAGACCGCGUCGGCUCAACCGCUACUGCUUGCGGUUCAUUCGGUCCAGUGGCGGACUCUUCUUCCUUCUUUGAUUUCGAAUCUUUCCCGAGUUUCCCUACUCUGGAUUCAUGGGGUACGAUGUAGUUCGAAGGAAUUCGGAAGUACAGAAGCUUUUACCCGUC